AUGUGGUUCACCGCUGGGACUCUUCACCUCAUCGUUAUGGCUCAGACUAUCGCCAGAGGAUCGGGUCGAGAAUAUCAACUAGAGAAUAUCGACCAGGCCUUCCAAAACUUCAUGAGAGAAUACAAUAAGAAGUAUGAGACGGAUGAGCAGUACCAGGUUGCAAAGGCUGCUUUUGCAGAAAGCAUGCGAGAGAUAGAGGAGUUGAGAGCAAAUGGUUGGCGGCGAAAGCUUAUGUCCCCUCAUGUUUAUUAUCCAGGCGAUAUAACUCAUGAGGUCGGGCUCAAUGAAUAUGCCGAUUUACCAUCCGAAGUAUUCGAUAAAGCGUUCCAGUGCGCUACAGAUCCGCAGUUUAAAGAAAACCUGCGCUCAGUCACUGCGACUUACCCACAAGACAAGAUAGCAGCUCCUCCCCCGUCGGUUGACUGGGAAGCCGCUGGUGCUUUGGCUCCAGUCAGGGAUCAAUCGACUCGGCUGAACAAAUGUGGCGCCUGUUAUGCCAUCGGCGCUACAGUUGUUUUGGAGAGCCGUUUCAAGAUUCAGACCGGCAUUGCUCAAGUGGUUCCGUUCUCAGUUCAACAAAUAGUUGAUUGUAGUAGAGCCUACAAAAAUGAAGGUUGCGAUGGAGGUACCGCUAAGUGGUCAUAUCUGUACACGAAGGAUAGUGGUAUAGUGCGAGCCAGGAGCUACCCCUAUAAGGCUAAGGUUGGUGCGUGUAAGAACUCCGUCGCUAGAGAUCCAAACCUGAAGUGUCUCAAGUAUGGUGUUAUCGAUAGAAUCGUUAACGUACCAGCGGCCAACGAGGCUCUCAUGAUGCAAGCUGUAGCUACCGGGCCAGUGGCGGUUAGUCUGUGUGCUUUCGCCCCGCCAUUCAAGCAUUACAAAGGCGGGAUUAUCACAGCCAAGACCUGCGGAGUGUCUACCCCGACCCAUACGGUAACUAUCGUUGGUUACAACACUUCAUCGGAUGGAAUUCGGUAUUGGAAAAUUCUGAACUCCUGGGGGAAGUCUUGGGGAAUGAAAGGCUUUGCUUACAUCGAACGAACCGGCAACGAGCCCGGUCCAUGUAAUAUCCUCUCUCUCGACGAAGUUUACCCCACCUUCUCCUCUAUGGUCAAGAGCUCUCCUUGCGCUGGAACUCGUUGA